AGGUCUUGUACCUACCCACACCCUUCCUUUUAAUCUAUAGUUAAUCAUGUCAAUCAAGGAUCCUAUACGCAGGCCUACGGGGUCGCUAUCAGAGCUUCCCCCUGAGGUUCUUGCUAGAAUCGGAGGAUUCUGCUCUACUGGUCGCUGGGGCGGUCUGCGAGCCCUUAGCUCGACCAAUAGAGGCAUCAAUGCAGCGAUUUUGCCGUGCCUUCAGAAAGAAUGGCAGCGCGAAAGACCUUGUGAUCGCUGUGGUGCUAUUUUUCGUUUGUCCGAUAACACUAGCAAUGAGUGUUCCUACCAUCCCCAGGGUUAUGAAGAUAAUCUGGAGGUUACUGGAGGAAACUACCUCCAAUUCACCAGAACUUACCUUUGCUGUGGUCGCUCUCUCGACUCGAGUGGCUAUACAGAAGGGUGCACAGCUGGCCCACAUGUUUCCAUCACACCCAAGCGUAAUCGCAUUCGUAACCAGAGUUGGGUGAAGCGCCGCAAGCAUUAUGCUAGAGAAAGAAACCGUUUGUAUAGUACCAGUACUGCGGCUUCUCUUGGAACUCCCAGAGCUCCGAAGCUCGAAGAGCCCCUGCUUGUCGGCUCUUAGAUAGAAUCGGCUACUGCUGCGAUGGUUGUUGGAGAUGAUGUAUCCUCUCAUAAUGGUAGAUGCUACUCGUUACUGCUGCUCUUACUGCUCGUGCUAAUCUGGCUUGCACGCAUAGACGAGGUGAAGGACUAUUUUAAUGCUACUAUCGUUUCCAGUAUUGGUAAUGUAUCAUCAAAGUGAUUUCUAUCAUUUCUGGAACAUCUGUUACUAUCCGUGCUGCUACUACUGCUACUGCUGCUACUUUUCAUUGUGUGUAAACUGACUGCUGCUGAUUGUUUCUUAGUCGCUCGUGUCUCCGUUUAGGAGUGCAAUUCUCCACCAUAUGGUGCUGUAUCUGUGGCUCUUGGACGGGUGAGGCCACUCUAUACUGCUACAGGCUCUAUCCGAGGAAUGUAAAUACCGGCUAUGCUGGUUGAGCUCGCCCUAGAGGUGUGACUGAGUAGUUGUUAUGAUGCUUUU